AUCCAUCGACUCAACAAGGACCACGAUGCAGAAACUCGUCCUCGCGCUCGCGCUCUCGGGCGCCCGGGCGUUCGUCGCGCCCGCCGCGCCCGCCGCGGGCGUGGCCCUUUCCGAGACGAAGGCGGACCUCGAGGCGCUCCAGAAGGCGCUGCCCGGCCCGCCGAACUCCUACUGGGACCCGCUGGCCCUCGGCUCGGCGACGUUCGACUGGGGCCCGCAGGGCGAGGAGGCGACGGUCGGCUGGCUCCGCCACUCGGAGAUCAAGCACGGCCGCGUGGCCAUGGCCGCCUUCGUGGGCUUCAUCGCCCAGUGCACGCCCCUGGUCUCCGGCGAGCACAAGUACCUGCCCUACAAGGGCUACGUCGCGGGCUGCACGCCGCAGGAGCAGUGGGACAACAUCCCGCUCUACGGCAAGCUCCAGAUCUUCGGCCUCAUCGGCAUGCUCGAGUCCUACGGCGAGGGCGCCGGCGCGCCCGACGGCUACGUCCACUACAUGAAGGGCGGCAAGCCCGGCUACUACCCGCCCAUCGCGGGCCGCGCGGGCUGGGGCCAGGUCACGCUCGACCUCUGGGACCCCUUCAAGCUCCCCGGCGGGCCGAGCUCCCAGUCGGCCGAGGCCAAGGCGCGGGGCCUCAAGUCCGAGCUCCUCAACGGCCGGGCCGCCAUGGCCGGCAUCUUCGGCCUCAUCUCCGCGUCCAAGGUCCCGGGCUCCGUCCCGUUCCUCGCGAACAUCGAGGGCUUCCCGAAGUACACCGGCGACGUCAUGGUGCCCUUCUCCAACGACUUCUCCCUCUUCUAGGGCGGCCGGCCGAACAAGGCGGGCACCGAGAGCGCCGCGCGGGGGCGCGCGCGGGCGGCUCCCCGCCUUCCGUAAGGUCAUCCGACUCG